AUGGCGCCACCAUUCACAGACGAUCCAGAGAGCCAACGGCCGUCGACGUCGCGCUUUUCCCAAGACUCACUCUCCUCCGUAUCAACCACGAGCCUCGUCUUCGAUCGAAUCCAAGAAGAGAUGGACAAGGACCCUUCAGCUCUCCGCUCUGCUAGACGAGACUCGUUACCGGCAACGAAAGAUGAAGGCGACUUCGACGAGAACGCCUCCGAGACGGGCGCUUUCCUCGGGCCGCCAGGCGUCCCAUUGCAACGCCAGCCCAUGGAUAGGGGUUUUCGACGAAUAUUAAUAAUAAUUGGUGCUGUCUUUGUUGGAGCUUGGCUUGCCGGACUGGGAAUCUUUGUACUGUCCGGCUCCUAUAAACACGAGAGCGACUCAGAACAUGACCCCGAUGCCAACUCAAGAGGAUCCGGCAAGGCCGUCACCAUGGACCAAGUGUUUGGGGGGUUCUGGUCUGCCAGAUCCCAUAGCAUCAGCUGGAUAGCAGAUCCUGAUGGCGGUGAUGGCCUCUUGCUCGAAGUCAAUACUGCAAACGGUUACUUGGUUGUAGAGGAUGUGCGUGCCGACAAGGAAAGCGCUGAUACCAACGCCCAUCAAACCGCCGACACUCAGCCUGCCAAGCCGCGAGUAUUGAUGAAGGACCCUUACUUUAUGUAUAAUGAUGAAAUCAAGCGGCCUGACUGGAACGAGCCAAGCCCGGACCUGAAAAAGGUUCUGUUGGCCGUCAACCGCGAAAAGAACUGGCGCCACUCUUUCCAGGCAACCUAUUUCAUUCUCGACGUCGAAACUGCCCAAGUUCAGCCUCUUGUGCCGGACAAUGUCAACGCCAAGGUUCAGCUGGCCAACUGGAGUCCCACGAGUGAUGCCAUAUCCUUCACCAUGGACAACAACAUCUACAUCCGUCGACUGAACCAGGCCAAUGACGUGGUGCAAAUUACCAAGGACGGAGGGCCAGAGUACUUCUAUGGUAUUCCCGACUGGGUCUACGAAGAAGAAGUCUUCGCCGGCCGCUCAGCAACCUGGUGGUCCGACGAUGGCAAGUACCUUGCAUUUUUGCGAACCAAUGAGACGGCUGUGCCCGAAUAUGCGAUCGAGUACUAUAUCCAGCGUCCGUCGGGCAAGAAACCCGCCGUGGGCGAGGAGGCAUACCCGGAGAUUCGCAAGAUAAAGUACCCUAAACCAGGAGCGCACAACCCCGUUGUUGAUGUCCAGUACUAUGAUGUUUCAAAAGGCGAUGUUUUCUCCAUCUCCGCCCCCGACGAAUUUCCCGACCAUGACCGUAUCAUCUCCAAUGUCCUCUGGGCCGGCAACAAAGUCCUGCUCAAGCAGUCCAAUCGCAUCGGUGACUUCCUCAAAGUCAUCCUCGUCGACCCCUCACAGCGUGAAGCCAAAAUCGUCAACAGCAUCAACAUUGCCGAAAUCGAUGGCGGAUGGUUCGAAAUCUCACACACCAUGACAUACAUCCCUGCCGAUCCCAGCAAAGGCCGCCAACAAGACGGCUACGUAGACACAGUUAUUCACGAGGGCUACGAGCACAUCGGCUACUUCACUCCCAUUGACAACCCCAAGCCAAUCAUGCUCACAUCCGGCUCGUGGGAAGUUGAAGAUGCCCCGUCAGCAGUUGACCUGAACAACAACCUCGUCUAUUUUGUCGCCACUAAGGAGUCCUCCAUCCAGCGCCACGUCUACUCAGUCAAACUCGACGGCACCAACUUGACACCCCUCACCAAUACCUCCUCCGAAGGCUACUACACUGUGUCAUUCUCCUCACGCUCUGGCUUCGCCCUCCUCUCCUACAAAGGCCCCAAAAUCCCAUACCAAAAGGUCAUUUCCACACCUUCCAUUCCCAUCCAGUUCUCCCGCACCAUCGAAGACAACGCCGAUCUCGCAGACAAGGCGAAAAAACACGAGCUCCCCAUCCUCAAAUACGGCACCCUCCAGUUGCCCAACGGCAUAACCGUAAACUACCUCGAGCGUCGGCCCCCGCAUUUCAACCCCAAGAAGAAGUACCCUAUUCUCUUUCAGCAAUACUCGGGUCCGAAAUCCCAGACCGUCACCAAGAAGUUCGCCGUCGACUUCCAGUCCUAUGUCGCCUCGUCACUAGGUUACCUCGUCGUGACCAUCGACCCCCGCGGCACCGGCUUUCUCGGCCGCCAGCACCGCGUCGUUGUCCGCUCGCAGCUCGGCGUCCUCGAAGCCCAAGACCACAUCGCCGCCGCAAAGCACUACUCCUCCCUCCCCUACGUCGACCCUUCCCGCCUCGCAAUAUGGGGCUGGUCCUACGGCGGCUUCCAGACCCUCAAGACGCUCGAAGCCGACGCCGGAGACACAUUCUCCUACGGAAUGGCCGUGGCCCCCGUCACCGACUGGCGCUUCUACGAUAGCAUCUACACGGAGCGAUACAUGCGUCUGCCGCAAGACAACACCGCCGGCUACGACGCAUCAGCUGUUCGGAACGCCACUGCUCUCGGCAUGAACAAGCGCUUCCUCAUCAUGCACGGCUCCGCAGACGACAAUGUCCACUUCCAGAACUCCCUCAAGCUACUCGAUUACUUGGAUCUAGCAGGCAUAGAGAAUUACGACGUGCACGUGUUCCCAGACAGCGAUCAUGGCAUUGCUUUCCACGGCGCCAACAGGAUGGUGUAUGAUAGUAAGUCUGAAUCGACGUGUUAUACAGUUGGAUGUUGA